UAGCAGAGGUUCCAGACUGGCUGCAGUGUGUUUAGGACUGCUGUGUGUUCUGCUGAUCACCAUCACACUGCUUUACAUCCAUCAGAGAGAUGAGCUCUUAUCCAGCAUCAGAAACCUGACUUAUGAAAGAGAUCAGCUGGAGAUCAAAUACCAGAACCUGAUUGGAGAAAGAGAUCAGCUGGAGAUCAGCCUUCAGAACAUGACGAGAAAGAACUUCUGUUUUAAGGAGUGGAAGAAGAACAGCAGCAGCUUUUACUUUUUCUCUAUUGGGCUUAAGAAUUGGGAAGAUGCCAGGCAGGACUGCACAGACAGAGGAGCGGAUCUGGUGAUCAUAAACAGCGUUGAGGAGCAGGAGUUUCUGAUUGACCAAAAGAGAUCAAUGAGUUUCUGGAUUGGUCUGACUGAUGCACAAAAGGAAAAUGAUUGGAAGUGGGUGGACGAGCAACUGCUGACUGAUGAAGGAAUCCCAAAAGAAAACAUCAAAAAGAUUUAA